AUGGUGGAAAGUCUCCUGAACGGCAUCUACCACAUCUCUUCGCUGGUGCCCCGGCUGGCCACGCACAGCGGCUUCCCCCACUACCAGGCAGACCUGGAGGAGAUGCCUGGGCUGGCUGAGCUGCGCCAGGAGCUGCUGUUCCGCGUGCAGGCCGCGGUGAGCUCGUGCUGCGCGUUCCGCGGUUCCCUGGAGCGCUAUUCCCACGUGUACGGCGAGGACCGGCGGGAGCUGAGCCGCCAGUUCCUGCUCUACGGGCGCGCCCUCACGGCCGCCGAGCUCGAGGCCCAGGCCGCGGUCCCGGAGGCGCUUCCCACGCUGCAGCAGUUCAGGGAGCACAUCGACCUCUACGAGGGGCUGCACGAGGAGGUGACUCACAUGGAGCCCCUCAGCACCUUCCAGGGCUGGCUGAGGGUCGACGUUCGGCCUUUCAAGGCGGCCUUGCUGAAUGAGGUUAAAAGGUGGAGCUUGGUGUUCAAGCAGCACCUCCUGGAGCACGUCACGCACAGCUUGGCUGACCUUGAGGAGUUCCUCCAAACUGCUGAGGAAGGGCUGAGCAGGAAGGUGGAGAAGGGGGAUUACGAGGGCCUGGUGGAGGUCAUGGGGCACCUCCUGGCCGUGAAGGAGCGACACGGUGCCACCGAUGCCAUGUUCGAGCCCCUGAGGGAAACCAUUGACCUGCUGAGAGCCUACGAGCAGGACGUGCCAGGGGAAGUCCACCAGCAACUGGAGGAGCUGCCAGAGAAGUGGAACCAGGUGAAGAAGCUGGCCCUGGCUGUGAGGCAGCACGUGGCUCCUCUGCAGGCCAACGAGAUGACCGCCCUGCGCCAGAGCUGCGCUGCCUUCGACGCCCAGCAGCAACAAUUCAGGGAGAGCUUUGGGAGAGAAGCUCCCUUCAGGUUUGACACCGAGAAGCCUUAUCAACUGCUAGAUACAAAGCACAUGGAGAUUAAACAGAUGGAGUCAGCCAUGGCCUCGAUUUCUGAAUCAGCUGGUCUGUUUGAAGUCACGGUGCCAGAAUAUAAACAACUGAAGCAGUGCAGGAAGGAGCUGUGUAUUCUCAAAGAGCUCUGGGAUAUGAUCUCCCUGGUGAACACCAGCCUCAGUGACUGGCAGACCACCAAGUGGGUGGAUAUUAAUGUGGAAAACAUGGAUCUGGAGUGUAGAAAGUUUGCAAGAGAGAUUCGGAAUCUGGAUAAAGAAAUGAGGGCAUGGGAUGCUUUCAGUGGGCUGGAGAGCAAGGUGAAGAACAUGCUGACAGCCCUGAAGGCAGUGGCAGAACUUCAAAACCCCGCCAUCAGAGAAAGGCACUGGAACCAGCUGAUGCAGAUGACGGGUGUGAGGUUUGUGAUGGACUCGGACACCACGCUGGCUGACCUCCUCAAGCUCAACCUGCAUAAAUUUGAGGGUGAGGUCCAUGGAAUUGUGGACAAAGCAGUGCGAGAAAUGAGCAUGGAGAAAGUGCUGAAGGAGCUGAGAGUGACUUGGAGCACCAGGGAGUUCCAGUACGAGCCUCACUCCCGCACCAACGUCCCCUUGCUGAAGUCAGAUGAGGGGCUUAUUGAAACUUUGGAAGACAACCAGGUGCAGCUGCAGAACUUGAUGUCAUCCAAAUACAUUGCUUUCUUCCUGGAGGAGGUGUCUGCCUGGCAGAGGCAGCUCUCCACCGCCGAUGCUGUCCUGUCCCUCUGGUUUGAGGUGCAGCGCACGUGGUGUCACCUGGAGGGCAUCUUCAUAGGCUCAGAGGACAUCCGGGCACAGCUGCCCCAGGUUGUCUCUGUGUGAGAAGGC